UCCUAAGUCUGCAGCUUGUUCAGUGUGCUUUGGAGAUUACAUUGCCUCUCUCUGAAAACCGCCACCAUGGUUGACGCCUUCUGUGCCACUUGGAAACUGGUCGACAGUGAGAAUUUUGAUGAUUACAUGAAAGCACUGGGUGUGGGCUUUGCCACUCGACAGGUUGGCAACGUCGCCAAACCCACGGUCAUCAUCAGCCAGUCGGGUGACAAGGUGGUGAUCCGCACCGAGAGCACCUUCAAAAACACAGAGAUCUCCUUCAAACUGGGAGAGGAGUUUGACGAAACCACCGCUGAUGACAGGAACUGCAAAUCCACAGUGAGCAUGGAGGGAGACAAGUUGGUCCAUGUCCAGAAGUGGGACGACAAAGAGACCAAGUUUGUCAGAGAAAUCAAGGAUGGGAAGAUGGUCAUGAAUCUGACCUUCGGGGACAUCCAUGCGGUGCGUACCUACGAGAAGGCAUGAGUGCUCUGAUUCGACAGCGUCCCAAACCGACCCAAGUGUUGAUUUUAUAAUUAUUAUUGACUGUUUGCUUCUCUUUGCACUUCUUCCUCCUCUACAUGUACACAGUCUGCGGGCUGUGCAUGUUUUGUAAGAUUUUUUUUUUUUAUAUGAAACCAUUUCUGUCAUGAUGGAUGGAUCGUCUUUUUUCAACCCUGUGUGAAACAUGAAAUAAAACACAGAGAGCAAAUGA